GUAGAGAUAAGUCGCUCGCGGAACAGAAAUACCGUCCAUCAAGUUGCUACGGAGUAUAAACAUGGCAGAAAAAGCAUUCUUAGAAGAAGAAUUUGUGAAAGGUUUCUAUCACUACAAAGGGGUUAAGUUUAACAAGUUUUUUAUACCUCCUGCUAACUUGGACGCCAUGGCAACAUUUGAAGUCAGACCGGAUGACAUAUUCUUGGUUACUUUUCCUAAAUGUGGCACCCACUGGUCAGCUGAAAUCAUCAAUCUAAUUCUGACUGGUGGUGAUCCUGAAAAGAUCGACCGUAGUCGACAGGAAGCUCCACUUGAAAUGUCGUACCCAAAGGAUAAAAGCAACCUUACUUUGUUGGAACCCUUUCAUUUAAAGCUGGCCUCAUUAGAAGGGUGUAGAGUGAUACUCACCCACCUGCCUGAACAACUCCUCCCUUCUCAGGUUUUCUCAAAGAAGCCUAAGGUGAUUUAUGUAACCAGAAACCCUAAAGAUUGUUGCGUAUCAUUAUACCAUGCGAUGUCUAGGUUGGUCCAAUCAGACUGGAAUGUACAUGCUGAGGAAUGGAUAAAGCAAGAUGAUUUGAUGGGUGGUGGAUUCUUUACACAUAUUCUCAGUUUCUGGAAAUAUCGACAUGAACCAAAUUUCCUUUAUAUGAAGUAUGAGGAUAUGAAAAAGGAUCCAAGAGGGUCAAUCAUCAGGUUUGCUGACCAUCUUGAACGCCCUCUAAGUGACGAGGAACUUGAUCGUGUCGUGCACCAUUCCGAAUUGAAGAACAUGAAAAAGACGUAUGACAACAUUGAGAAGAAAACUCCCGAUGGCAAGUUUCUGACCAAAGCUAUGGGAAAAUCACCAUUCAUUCGAAAAGGUCAAAUUGGUGACUGGAAGAAUCAUUUCACUGUUGCUCAAAACGAGGCGUUUGAUGCCGUGAUCCAGCAGAACCUUCAUGGGACAGGUCUCACCUUCGAUUAUGAAUAAUCAGAAUUUUAUGUUGCUCAGACUACAGUGUUGCUGCUUAACGCUUCUAGUGUUGUUCAGAACUGUUGACUGUUCGGUGAUUACUCUUCAUUCUGCUGCUUACAUUCAGCAAUACUGUUUUGGGGAAAUUUUUGAGGAAACAACUUAUUUUCCCCAUUGGGAUUUGAAUUGAAGACCUUCUGAUUAAUGUUUGGACACUCUACCAACUGAGCUGUGAGGCCAAGUGGUAUACACCCUUGGCCCAUUAGACACAUUUUUUCUCAAGGUAUAAUGCGUAAUACGCAAUAAAUAUUAUAGAGUACUACAGUGUUACGUCACGAUACCAUGUGAUGCUACUUUGUUGCUAUCGUUGCAAAAAAAGCGUUCAACCGGAUGCCAUUUUUCUUCACUGACAAACCAUUGAUCCCAAUUUCUAACGUGGUAUACACCCUUGGCCCAUUAGACACAUUUUUUCUCAAGGUAUAAUGCGUAAUACGCAAUAAAUAUUAUAGAGUACUACAGUGUUACGUCACGAUACCAUGUGAUGCUACUUUGUUGCUAUCGUUGCAAAAAAAAGCGUUCAACCGGAUGCCAUUUUCUUCACUGACAAACCAUUGAUCCCAA